UAGUGGAAAGGAGGGAGUGAAGUUAAUUAGUUUUUUCUCUCUAUCUCUCUUUAAUUUAGCUCGUAUGCACGGUGGAGAGCUCGAGCUCGGAAGAUUUUCGUUGUCGUUUCGGAGAGCCGUUCGAGCGUGUGGACGUCGCUGUUACGCCGUUGGAGGCCGGGUGAACGCGUGUUUUCCUCUCCUUUCGACUUCUCGCCGUGGUUGAAUUAGCUUUUUGAGCUAGGUAUCGACGUUGUGGUCGACCGUCGUUGCGGGAUCGUGCCGCCCCUCCUAAGAUGCCUGAGCAGGCAGAGCCGAGUGCGCGACCGGAGGCAAGCGCACCCCCUGAUCUGAGGGAGCAGUUGGCUGUCUUGACUGAGGUGACGAGGCAGCAGGGGGAGUUGUUACAGAGGUUAUGUGAGAGGUUAGCUCCGCCCCAGAGUACCGUACCAGAGCAGCCAGUUCCACCUCCGCCUACUCCAGUGGCAGGACCAGCUGCAGCAGUACCCCCACCAGCGGCAGUAUCCCCACCAGCGGCAGUACCCCCAGCGCCAGUUGCAGCUUCUGGUGAGGCUCCACAGCUAACUGAGGCUGAGCAGGAGCGGAUGGCUGAGAGACUUGCCCGCUUCCAUCGUUUCGAUCCGCCGACCUACGAUGGCAGUUGCAUUGAGACUUGGGUUGUCGAGGGCUGGGUCAGCGCAAUGGAGAAACUGUUUCAGGAUCUGUUCAUUCCAGAGCGGGAGCAGGUGUAAUUCCCGUAUCUAAUUAAUUUAAAUUAGAAUUUAAAUAUGUGGCCAUGAUUGUAGUUUUGUGAUAAACCCGUUAUUAAAUAUUUUUGAUUUAUUUGUACAGUCGGAUUAAGCGGAUUCGGUUGGAUUUGAUUUUCGGAUUAAUUAU